AUGGAUAUUUCUUCUAUAAAUUUAAACGACUUUUUUUGGUUACCCAUAUAUUCACUUGAUGUACAAGUUAAUUCUCAUUCUGCAGUUAAUGUUAGAAAACCAUAUCAUAAAUUAGCAUUGUUAAUACCUUUCAGAGAUAGAUUCAAUGAAUUAUUAAAAUUUGCUCCAUAUAUGACUAAAUUUUUAAAUCAUCAAUUUGUUAAUCAUCAAAUGUACAUAUUGAAUCAAGUUGACAAUUACAGAUUUAAUAGAGCUAGUUUGAUAAAUGUAGGAUUUAAAUAUGCCAGAAAUGAAUGUGAUUAUAUGGCAAUGCAUGAUGUCGAUCUUUUUCCACUCAACAAUCAGUUAAAAUAUGACUAUCCAAAAGUUGGCGUAUUCCACGUUUCCAGUCCGGAAUUACAUCCCAAAUAUGAUUAUCCAACUUUUGUAGGAGGAAUUCUUUUAAUUAAAAGAGAAGAUUUUGAAUUAGUUAAUGGAAUGAGCAAUAGAUAUUGGGGAUGGGGUUUAGAAGAUGAUGAAUUUUAUGUGAGAUUAAAAGAUGCUAAUAUAGCAGUUUUCAGGCCUACCAACAUAACAACUAAAAAGAACAAUACAUUCUGGCAUUAUCAUAAUAAACAUACAAGGAAACGAGACAUGCAAAAAUGUUUCAAUCAGAGAGAAGUAACGCAUAAACGGGAUCACGUGACGGGUUUACAUGAUGUCAAUUACAUCAUAGAAUCCGUUCAAGCAAUGACCAUUGAAGAUUCAUUAUUAAAAAUUUUAAAUAUAAGAUUAAAAUGUAACAGAACUGCAACUCCAUGGUGUACAUGUGAUCCUUUACCACAGGAAAAUCAAAAAUUACAAAAAACCAAAAAUACAAAUAAUGUUAAUUCAGUAAAUUUGUAA